GGACGUCGAACGGGGGCUCAAGUGCGCCAGCUAGCGACGUCAAGGAAAUUAUCGAUUUUCGCAUGUGAAGUGAAAAAUUUGACUCGACUCUCGACAGUGGCCGAAAUCGCAAAAGUUAACCAGCCUGGCUUGAAGGUCUUCCAACAUAUAAAACCCCAUCGAAUCGAACUCCGUAGAAGCUCCCAGCUAGCCCGUAGUUGUGGGCGUGGCAGCUGGUCGAAGCCAGGUCCCAAGACGACAUGGCGGACAGCGAGUUCGAGGAGUUCCACAGGCCCAUAUUUGAGCCCCACACGAUUCCCACAUUUGGAGCUGCAGCUGGCAACAAGAAGAAUAAUCCCCAUGCAUUUUACUCUCUAAUUCCCAACGAUGACCUGGAGGACUCGCACUCCUCGAAGAGCGAAGGCGAUGGCUCCGAUCAGGAGGAUGGCAUCGGGCAGGUGGACCGUGAGCCCAAGAUGCGUCAAGUGGAGGACGACGAGCUGGGCGAUGGCCUGAAGGUCACUCUGUCUUCGGAUGGAUCCCUGGACACCAACGACUCCUUCAACUCACAUUGUCAUCACCCGUUGAAUCAUCAGGAUGCAAUUGGUGGUUUCCUGGGCAUGGACAAUAGUGGAUUGGGUGGCAACAGUGCUCCGGUGACAAUUGGAGCUAGCACAGAUCUGCUGGCCCCGAAUUCAGCAGCCACACGUCGACGGCGCAAGCUCCCUGAAAUUCCCAAGAACAAGAAAUCUUCCAUUCUGCAUCUUCUAGGUGGCUCCAACUUUGGCUCUCUUGCGGAUGAGUUCCGCCACAAUGGAGGACCUCCUCCGCUGGCAGCUCGUGGCGGCAAUGGUCAGCAGCGCUCAUUUCUGUCUCUGAAGUGCGGUUACUUGAUGGACGAGGACUCUAGCCCGGACUCGGAGCGGCUGCAGAGCCUGGGCGAUGUGGACAGCGGUCACAGCACAGCACAUUCGCCGAAUGACUUUAAGAGCAUGUCGCCACAGAUCACAUCGCCCGUGUCCCAAUCUCCCUUUCCGCCGCCUUUUGGGGGUGUUCCCUUCGGCCAGCUGGAGAUGCUGGAGGCCACCCAUCGCGGCUUGCACAAGUUUGUGCCACGGCACCAUGACGAGAUCGAGCUGGAGAUCGGCGAUGCCAUCUAUGUGCAAAAGGAGGCCGAGGACCUGUGGUGCGAGGGCGUCAAUCUGCGCACCGGACGCCAGGGCAUCUUCCCCUCGGCCUAUGCCGUCGACCUGGACUACAACGAGUUCGAUCCGACGGUGCAGCUAGUGAAGAAGGAGCGCUACCUGUUGGGCUACCUCGGUUCCGUGGAGACGCUGGCGCACAAGGGCACGGGCGUGGUUUGCCAGGCGGUGCGCAAGAUCGUCGGCGAAUACGGAAGCUCCCCCACCGGACAGACCUGCAUUUUGGAGGUGUCCGACCAGGGACUGCGAAUGGUGGAUCGAUCGGGACCGAAUCAAAACAAAAAGGAUAAGAAGCCUUGCAUCGACUACUUCUACUCGCUGAAGAAUGUCUCCUUCUGCGCCUUUCACCCUCGCGAUCACCGCUUCAUUGGCUUCAUCACCAAGCACCCGACGGUUCAGCGGUUUGCGUGUCACGUCUUCAAGGGAUCGGAGUCCACCAGGCCCGUGGCCGAGGCAGUGGGCCGUGCUUUUCAGCGAUUCUAUCAGAAAUUCAUUGAGACCGCCUAUCCCAUCGAGGACAUCUACAUUGAGUAAAGUAAUGGCAGGCAGGGUGGUUUGUGCUUCAUUAACCAAUAUGAUAUAUUUUUUGUGCGGUUAUUACGAAUAAAAACUAAAAUCUCAAGAAAUAUUUGCUCUUCUUCAAAGAGAUUCUUACAACAAAUUCAAUAAGCUCGCAAUAGAAACCCUAGCGAUAAAAAAACCAAACACUACUUUUAGAUUAUUCUAAUUUUUCCGUUCCUACGAAUUGUGCAAGAUCUUAGACAUGUAAAUAGUUACCUUUUGGUUCCAAACUCCCCACUUGACACUCGCUUCAAGCAAUCAGCAAUAGCAAUAGUUGCCCUUUAUAGGAACACACCUUAAACACACACACCUAGCCUAGGUAAAUGCACAACCAAGAAACCACACGAUGAUAAGUUGAACUCCUGUUGAUGGCCCAGAAUUUUGUAUCGAAAGAUAAUGGCUCAGUUGGGUCUUUUGUAAAAGGCAGAGAAAUCUGUUGGAUUUAUUUAAAGUAAUUCGAAACCCUCUCGAUCCAUGGCACAGCACAAAUACAGUGAGGCCAAAGUAAUUUAGAGCUCUACAGAUGUAUAUCCGGAGUUUAGUCUUAGUUUCGUCUAUCUUUCAGUUACGAGACUCAACAAUAUCGAACACCAGCUGCUACAUUUUCAAGUAUUCUCAAUAAAAGCCCAGUUCUAAGAUGUGUAAACCUAUAAAGUUGUAUACAAAAAGACGAAUAUAUAUACUGUAUAUGUAUACAAAGAAAUAUAUAAUGCAAUUCAUG